AUGUCACUACCCCACUCUGUCAUAGCCUUACUCGGCGCCACGGGUGUAGGUAAAUCACAGCUUGCCAUAGACCUGGCUCGGCAAUUCAAUGGGGAAGUGAUUUCGUGUGACUCUAUGCAGGUGUACAAAGGGCUUGAUCGCACAACGAACAAGGUCACAACAAAGGAGACGGUGGGAGUGCCGCAUCACAUGCUGAGUUGUGUGGAUAGAGAGGCGGCGUAUACUGUCGUUCAGUAUCGAGAUGCUGUACUAGAACUGGGGUGUAGAAAAGGCUCGAUCUCACGAUGA